UGAAUGAAUCGCAAGCAGGAGGCAACAGCAACCUCGCCCCAAUUAUAUUACUGACAAACCUCCCUUUUCAAUCUCUAAACCUCAAAACCCCAUAAAGCGCCAAACUCACUCCUCAUUUUCUCACUGGUUUGUCUUUACCAUCCUUCACUUUUCUUCUCCAAGUUUCUUAUACCCUAUGCGCCGUUACAAAUUAUUAUUAUUAUUAUUAUUCUCUAAAUUACUCACUUACAAUUCUCAUUUCUCGCUGCGUUUUCAUAAAACCUAGCUCCUAAUACCGCACUCACUCUUUCGAAUUCCUGAUUCUGAAUGCAGAUCAGUGCUUCAUAAAUGGCUUCACCUGCGUGGUUGAACCAGGACCCACAACCACCACCCGCAGAACCACCUCUGCCCGCCGCGCCUUCUUCCACUCCGAACCCAAAUGCUCCGGCAGCUUCAUUCUCUUACGGCAUGCAUCAAAAUGUGAACGCUUCCGGGAAUCCUCAGCAGUCGACUCAUCCUGGGAUGAAGUCUAAUACGACAGUGAUGCCCACGGCAGUUCAACCUCCAGUUCCUGGUCUCCCUCCACAUGCUGCUCCUUCAUUUUCGUAUAAUAUUUGGCAGAGCGGUCCAGCUUUUUCGAGCAAUCAGCUUACACAGUCUAACACAAAUAAGUCAGAUCCUGUUGUGCAGGAUGUUAGUAAAGCAUCAUCUGUGUCAAGUGUUCCACAUUCUGUCCCUGCUCAUACGUCUAUAAUGCCUCCACCGUCUGACCCCAAUUUUCGCCCAACUACUUCAUGGAUGCCAACUCCUCUAUCUUUUCCUGGGCAUCCUGUAAUGCCUGGAGCUCCUGGUAAUCCUGCCCCCCCUGGACUAACAUCUUCGAUAAUAUCUACAAAUCUUGCUGCUCCACCAAGCACAGUUUCCUCCUCAGCAGCACCUCUAAGACCAAAUAUGCCGGCUGCAGCCAUUGCAUCAGAUCCUACCCUUACACAGAAAGGCACACCCUAUGCAUCCAUGCCUCCUAUGGUUGCCCCACCACCUCAAGGGUUUUGGUUACAACCUCCGCAAAUGAGUGGCAUACUUAGGCCCCCGUUUCUUCAAUAUCCCGCUGCUUUUCCUGGUCCAUUUCCCUAUCCAGUGCGUGGUGUAAAUCCGCCUGCUGUUACACUACCUGAUUCCCAACCCCCUGGUGUUACACCUGUGAAUGCUACUGCUGCAACUUCAGCACCUUCUGCUUCCGAUAAUCAGCUUAGACAAGGAACUGAUUUGCAGACAGAUUUAAUUUCUGGCCCUGCUGAUGACAAGAAAUCAAAUGUGACUCAGAAUGCUGAUGCUGCUAACGAGAAAUUGGAUGCCUGGACAGCCCAUAAGACUGAAACAGGAGUUGUAUACUAUUAUAAUGCCUUGACAGGAGAAUCAACAUAUGAUAAACCUGUUGGCUUUAAAGGCGAGUCUCACCAAAUUGCUGUGCAGCCAACUCCAGUUUCAAUGGUGGAUAUACCAGGUACAGAUUGGAUGUUGGUCUCCACUAGUGAUGGGAAGAAAUAUUACUACAACAAACAAACCAAGACAAGCUCCUGGGAAGUUCCAAAUGAGGUGGCCGAAUUGAAAAAGAAGCAAGAUGGUGAUGUCACAAAAGAUCAUUCAAUGUCAGUUCCAAAUACUAAUGUAUUGUCUGAUAGAGGGUCUGGAAUGGUUACUCUGAAUACUUCUGCUAUUAAUACUGGUGGUCGUGACGCUGCAGCUCUUAAACCUUCUAGUGUUCAGACCUCAUCAUCGGCACUGGAUUUGAUCAAGAAGAAGCUGCAGGAGUCCGGAAUGCCUGUUGCUUCCUCUUCUGUUCCUGUGUCACCAGUACAAACAGGAUCUGAAUCAAAUGGUUCCAAAGCAGCUGAAUCUGCAGCAAAGGGCCUGCAAAAUGAUAACAAAGAUAAACAAAAAGAUGCUAAUGGUGAUGCUAACACCUCUGACACAUCCUCAGAUUCAGAAGAUGAAGAUAGUGGACCCUCAAAGGAAGAGUGCAUCAUUCAGUUUAAGGAAAUGCUUAAAGAGCGAGGAGUGGCACCAUUCUCAAAGUGGGAGAAAGAAUUGCCAAAGAUAGUAUUUGAUCCACGUUUCAAGGCCAUACCAAGUUAUUCUGCUAGGAGAUCCUUGUUUGAGCAUUAUGUUAAAACUCGUGCGGAAGAAGAACGCAAGGAAAAGCGUGCUGCACAGAAGGCUGCAAUUGAGGGGUUUAAGCAAUUACUUGAUGAAGCCUCAGAG